CGCCUGUCCACCGGAAGCUCACGUCACCUGACCACGUCGUGCGUCGUCAUUGACUGAAUCAUCUCAGUAUACAGAUCUCAGUUGGAUCAGUUUUAGGGUCUCCCGAAGGAGUAGGAGGAGAGGACGAAAAAGAAGGAGGGACACACUAAAAAGUUGUUUUUAAAGCGGACUUGUAUCACUUCCUCAUCAUGUCCCACGACAAGAGUGGAUACCCUGGUAUGGGUGAGACCAACCCACUCCAUAAUGAUGUCUAUGGUCAGCCUCAGCCUGGUUUUGGUAUGCCUCCACCCAACUACAACCAGGCCCCGGGUGGACCUUAUCCACCGGGCGGACAACCAGGAUUCCCUCAGGCAGGCCUGGGUUUUGGCCCUGGUCCUUACCCCCAAAUGCCUUACCCACAGGGACCCUACCCACAAGGACCCUACCCACAAGGACCCUACCCACAAGGACCCUACCCACAGGGACCCUAUCAUCAUGGACCCCAACAACCAGGCUUUCCUGGGGAACCCACUGGACCCGCUGACAGCCCUGGUUACCAUGGAGAUGUGCCUCCAUCUUACUACGACAAUGAUGAGUUCACCAACUCAGGCUUUGAAGACAAGUCUAUUCGACGAGCCUUCAUCAGAAAAGUCUUCAUGGUUCUCACAGUGCAGCUCAUGGUGACCUUUGCUUUUGUUGCUGUCUUCACCUUCGUGGAUGAAGCCAAGACCUUUGUGCGAUACAACCCGUGGACAUACUACGUGUCCUAUGCAAUCUUCUUUGUGUCACUAAUCGUCCUCAGCUGCUGUGGAGACUUCCGUCGCAAGCACCCCUGGAAUCUGGUGGCACUGUCCAUCCUGACACUGAGCCUCUCCUACAUGGUGGGAAUGAUCGCCAGCUUCUAUGACACGGAGACGGUCAUCAUAGCUGUGGGCAUCACCGCAGUGGUCUGUUUCACCGUGGUCCUGUUCUCUCUCCAGAGCAAGUAUGACUUCACUUCCUGUCGGGGGGUGCUGUUCGUGUGCCUGAUUGUGCUGUUGCUCUUCUCCAUUCUCUGCAUCUUCAUCCGUCACAGGAUCUUGCACAUCGUCUAUGCCUCACUGGGGGCUCUGCUCUUCACCUGCUUUUUGGCUGUUGACACUCAGCUUCUUCUUGGUAACAAGAAGCUGGCCCUGAGUCCAGAGGAGUACGUCUUUGCUGCUCUCAACCUCUAUACUGACAUUAUCAACAUCUUUCUCUACAUCCUGGCUAUAGUGGGACGCUCCCGCGAAUAGGGCUGUUGACGCCCUGAAGACAACAUCUCAGCAGCAGAGAACUCUCUCUGUCAUUAAAAGUAGUUACUAACAUGCCCAUUUUUACCUCUGACUCUUUUACUUUCUCACCAUUGUCACCUUUACAGUCGGUUGAGGAGAUGCAGCUAAGAAAAACCACUACUCAUUCAUGUCAAUCAUCAUGCCCAGAAAUACAGAAGGCAAUGAUGUAUCUUUUCUGUAAGUCUGACUCUGCUUGAUCAUCACUAUCUGAUGCCUCUAUUAACUCCCUCACUUACCAAAAAACACACAGUUUGGCAUGGCACAUAUAGUAUAAAUACAUUCUACGCAACACAUAUUCCAUGAACGCCUUGUUCUGCUGCAAAGAUAAAGCAGGGCUUAUGCAAGGAGGUCUUAAUACUGAUGCAAAACAUUUUCUAGAAGAAGGAAGAAAUGUUGCCCCCUUCAGUUUGUUUCCAUUUUCCUUUUUCAACACACUGGUGUAAACUAAUUGCAUGACCGCACUGAGAGCCGGCUGAAGGUGGACCAGUGUUCUCCACAGCUGUCAGAGUGAUAUUUGUUCAAUUGCUUGGUCAUCACAGCUGUAAAUAAUUCUGUGUAUUCCUGUGUAUGAUGUCGACCUCUUGUGUUCAAUACUACUGAUGUUUUAACCUGAAUAUCAGACCUUUACUGACCCAUUAUGGUAGGUAAAACCUUAUAAUGGCAUAAGAAUUGAGAUCAUUGUUGAAUGUAAAUGACAAGAUGUUAAUGCAGAUUAACAUUUACAAACGAUAUAUUAGUAUUUAUUUGUCAUCAUUUGUAUGAUUUUUUUUAACCCUUUUCGUGUACAUGUUGUGUUUUCUUUGAUUUUUCUUGACACCAGUUUUCUCUUGUUCAUUGUUAACUGUGGAGUGGUAUUUAAGUGUUUUAGUUAUUAUUUUUGACACAAGGUGAGAAUUUUAAAAGUGGUCAAAAUGAAGGAUCCAGAAACCAUGAGUGAAGGAGGAGUUCUGGUUUUGUUGUUUAACACUGAGCCCCUUGAUCUGUCAUACGUUCUCCUGAAUGUCACACUUUUGUGUGGUAACUGAGGAAGAAUGCUGUAUAAAAAUGUAUGCUUGACGUAGAAAGCAGGGCUGAUUUAGAAUGGCUAUACACUGUUGUUAAAUAGAGAGAAAAACUGCUGAAAUCUACAGAUUCCUAUUCCUCAAGGUUACAGUGUAUUGCAUUAGUGCAGUAGGAAGAAGGAAAUAAUAUGCACUGAAAGCAAAAACACUACUGCACACAAAUACAUUACAUUUAUUUUAUUGAUGAAAUGGUAACUUCUUUUGAUCAUUUUGGGUUUCCACCUCUUGCAUGAUUUUUCUGUUGCAUGUGCUGGUGGUGCACACUGUACCCUAUUCUAACUACACUUGUUGACUCCCCUCUUCGUUCUUUUAAACUUUUGUGUUGUAUCUAACUUACAUGGGUGUGUAUAUAAAAGUCUGCAGUGAUUUGAUGCGUAUAGAUGAAGUAAAUAUUGGGCUUCAUGAGUUGGUUUGCAUUGUAUAUUUGAAUUAAAUCAAAGUGGAACAUCA